UUCGAACAGUCUAUGUUUGAGCAGUCGCGCGGUGAAUUCCGACUUGCAUGCGCGCGCGCGCAGUUCGUUCGAUUCCACGAAAAUUUACGAACUCUUUCGUAUUCGAAGAUGCAGCGUUCCGUCCAACAAGCAAAUGGGGAUGGCGUCCUCGCUUCGCCGAGAAAAAAACAACGAUUAUCAGGUGCUUCGGCCAAAGUCACUGUCGUUCUUGGAGCACAAUGGGGAGAUGAAGGUAAAGGCAAGGUCGUGGAUAUGCUUGCGACGGAUGCUGACGUCGUCUGCAGGUGUCAGGGAGGAAGCAAUGCCGGGCAUACUGUAGUAGUAGACGGUGCGGAGUUUCACUUCCAUCUUCUGCCCAGUGGAAUAAUCAAUUCUAGAUGCACAUCGCUGAUAGGAAACGGAGUCGUAAUACACCUGCCGGGCCUCUUCGAAGAAUUAGAAAGCAAUGAAGCAAAAGGCUUGAAAAAUUGGCAAGAACGAUUGGUAAUUUCUGAUCGUGCACACAUGGUUUUUGAUUUUCAUCAACAAGUUGAUAGUCUUCAAGAAUUAGAAAAGGGUAACCAAUCUCUUGGCACUACCAAGAAAGGAAUUGGUCCAACAUAUUCAAGCAAAGCUGCUAGAAAUGGUCUUCGAAUUGGCGAUCUCCUUGGAAACUUUGAUAAAUUCUCACAGAAGUUUGACAUGCUGGUGACGUCGUAUCAAAAAAUGUUUCCUGCACUUCAAGUUGAUGUGAAAGCAGAACUUGAACGAUAUAAAGAAUAUGCGGAAAGAAUACGACCGUUAGUCAAAGAAACAGUUCAGUAUUUACAUCAAGCAUUACGCGAGGGAAAGAAAGUUUUAGUCGAAGGCGCAAACGCUGCAAUGCUAGAUAUAGAUUUUGGAACAUAUCCCUAUGUUACCAGCUCUAAUUGCAGUAUAGGCGGAGUUUGUACGGGUCUUGGACUUCCACCAUCUUAUAUUGGAGAAGUUAUUGGAGUCGUUAAAGCAUAUACUACAAGAGUCGGAGAUGGGCCAUUUCCUACUGAACUGUUAGAUGCGACAGGUGAUCUUUUACAAAAAAGGGGCCACGAAUAUGGAGUUACCACAGGUAGAACAAGACGUUGCGGUUGGCUGGAUUUAAUCCUUCUAAAAUUCACAGCAAUGGUGAACGGAUAUACAUCGAUAUGCCUGACGAAAUUAGAUAUUCUAGACACCCUUCCAAAAAUUCAAGUUGGAGUGGGAUAUCGGCUGAAUGGAAAAGAAAUUGAUUAUUUUCCAAGCAGUACUUCUGAUUUAGCAAAAGUAGAGGUAAUUUAUGAAACCAUUGAUGGUUGGCAGUCAACAACAGAAGGUGUACGUUCUUUAGAAAAAUUGCCAGCAAAUGCUAGGACAUAUAUCAAACUAAUAGAAGACCACCUUAAUAUUCCAGUUAAAUGGAUUGGAGUGGGAGCAGGACGUGAAAGUGUAAUUACACUUUGACGUUACACUUAUCAAUUACUACAAUGGAAAUAUGUUCAUUUGUCCAUUCAGUUCGCUACUCUUUUGAACAAAUUUGAUUUAUUGAUGCAAUUCAUGAAACAAGCGCACAGGAAGUACAUGACAAUGAAAAUCAUAGCAUUAAGCUUUCAAACUUUAGUAGUAUUCAAGAACCGAUGAAUACAAAUCUCAUUUUUCGAGAUUCUCCGUAUUAUUGGAUAAUUCAUGUCAAUCAUGUUAUCCGCUGUUUGAAUGUAAAAUAAGACAUGUUAAUUAAAAUGUAUUUAUUUGA